GUCUUGUUCAAACUGACAAAGGAAGGAAAGAAUUAAAAGAAGAAAAAUAUUGACAACUAAAGUAGAAAGGAAUAUAGCUUUUUAAUAAGCCAUGGCUUUUGUGGAGGCUGUGUUACCCCCAGCUGGUAUCCUGGGGGGAUUUAACAACUUCCAGGAUAUACAAUCUGAAAGUUUCCAGUGGUGGAAGACAGAAGACUGCCCUGAAACUCCAUCUCUGGAGUUCUUGGAGUCGAACCAACCUGAGGGGAUCCAGCAAGUCAAGCAGGAGCAUGAGGAAGCCCAUUGGGAUCUUGACUUUCUCAUAAGAAAUUUUUCUACCUCUGGGCAAAAUGCCGAUCUUGCUCGAGUUGACCAAGAGGACCAGAGCUUGAUGUCUGCUGUCUCUCAGACAGUGUCAAUCGAGGAGGAAGUCAGAGAAAAGCUCCCAGGAAGCCUCAAGGUUCCAGAAGUUUCUGGUCCCUCAAGCUCAGAAGUCCAGUUCUUGCUAAAAGAGAACUCUGUGAACUGUACCCCGGUUCUACCCGCUUAUUUCCAGGAUAUAAUAGAGCCCAAUAAGGGUCUAGUAUUUUCCAACAAUCAGUUGCCACACUUCGCCCAGGGAGAUUCUAUGGCUCUUGCCGCAGCAGGGCAACAGCCCAGGGAGCCCAGACAAAGAUGUCAUGGGCAAUAUUAUCAUUUAACCUGUGAAGCCCAUGUACAGCCAAGUCCUUACUUGCUAGGCAAACAUGCUUCUUACAAUCAGCUUCCACCAACUGCAGUGGCUUCCCAGCUGCCACACUGCAGUCUGCUGAAUGGUUACCAUCCUUUCUCCCAUAGUCCAUAUCAAGCCCGAGUUCAAAUGUACCAGGCAGAUCCUGUUCUCCAUGCUCUGCCACUCCUUGGUUUCAGGAAACCACCUUCACCCAUUAGAGAAGCUAUAGCCAAGCCAAGGAAGGGACACAAACAAUGGCCCCACAAGCGGCCUGCUAGUCACAUCUGCAGUCAUCCCAGUUGUGGGAAGACAUAUACCAAGAGUUCCCAUCUCAAGGCUCAUCUUCGCACACAUACAGGAGAGAAACCAUAUCACUGCACUUGGGAAGGAUGUGGUUGGAAAUUUGCCCGUUCAGAUGAGCUGACUCGCCAUUAUCGUAAACACACAGGACAGCGUCCAUUCAAGUGUCACCUCUGUCAGCGUGCUUUCUCCCGUUCGGAUCACCUCUCUCUGCAUUUGAAGAGACAUGUGUGACAAAUAUAAACAUUUUGGACUGCAAUGGAUGUUCUAACUCACAAGGGAACCUCAUAGUGGGAUGGUGAUUAUGGGGUGAGGGUGUUAUCUCUCUGCAUGUUUCCAUUGCCUACAAAGAAGGCACACCUGCCUCUGCCCCUGGUAGUAUUAGUCAAGAGAAUGUAAUGGAGACUAGUUACCCGGUUGGGCUCCCAGACUGAAGGAUUUUGGAAUCUCAGCUGUGUUAUUCUAUCACUACUAAAAACUCAUUUAUAUGAUAACCAUAUUUUGAAACCUAAAUUGGGCAAUUUUUCUUUCUACUAAAUAGCAUUCCAGACCACAAAGAUAUUGUCAUCUAGGAUAUAAGAACCAUUUGUAUUUCAUUGUCCUUGCAGUAAGAAGAAAUCAUCUUUUCCAUAGUCUGAAACAUUCCUGAAGGUAUGAUCCACUUCGCUUUAAUGCCAGAGAUACGAGGAAGGGAUCUAAGGCAGCAGUGGAGCCAAAGCAAUUGGUCUAGUGCAUUCUUGGAUAUAUUUUCUGAAUAAAUGAAAUUGGGAUUAGGGCUAAGGUCUAUAGCUAGCAGUAUUACAACAAAUGCAUUGAAGUUUCCAUCAUUGGCAGAUCCUGGAAAUGAGUUUUAUCUUUAUUUUCUAUUAGGAUCAAAUGUUGAAGGAGCUGAUGGAAUAGUCCUUUCCCCUGGGCUAAAAAAUAAGGGUACAAAGGAGUUCCUUUAUUAUAUCUGGCAAUUUCAUAAGUGAAAAAUGGGCACAUCUGCAUAUAUCAAAUUGUUAUUCCUUUUUUAUUAUGUUUUUGUAUCUGUCAAAGUGAACAACUAUGAUGCAAAGGAGAACACAGCUCAUUUUAACAGUUGUGUGCUGAAGAGUGAAUGCAAAUUAGACCAGCUGAAAGGCUAUUAAAAGGCCACCACUCAAUGUCAAAUGAGCCUUGGUUCUGUUACUUUAAUUGUGAGUUCACAAUGCUAAGUCAAAAUAUGAGUUGCAUAUUUCUGGCAUAAUAUUAUGCCACCCAGUAGCUGUGACUUCCAUGGCUCAUGGCUUAGUAUAUUAUGUAUUCAAUAAAUCAUGCAUAAUAAACCAUUCUCAUUGGCUCAAGGUUGACUCAGCCUUCCAUCCUUUUGAGGUUGGUAAAAUGGGGACCUGGAUUGUUGUGGGCAAUAUGUUGACUCUGUAAACCGCUUAAAAAGGGCUCUAAAGCAUUGUCUAAGUACUAUUGCUAUUGCCUGUUGUGUUACAUGAAUCCAGCCAAUGUUCAGCUGAUAUGGCGUGAGAAGCAAGACACAUUUGGGAAAUUGCUAUGCAGAAGGUCUCAGCUGUUAUCUGAAUGCUGGGAUGUAGCUCCAAGAUGACUGAUAAUCAUCUGUAAACUUGGCAUUUUGAGAAGGAACAAAACUUAUAGCUGUUCUGAGCUGCCACAGGUCUACGGCAACAAAGUCUUAUUCUUCACAUCAAAAGAAAAGCUGCAGUCUUUUUUUUUUUUAAAAAAAAGAAGGAACAGGUUUUCCUAUGAGUUUGAAGAAGCUGUAGCUGAGCCAAUACUUCAGAGUCACUGGUUUCCUCAACAACAAUAAUCACCACUGAAAGAUUACUUUUGGACACCUCCAAAUACUGGCUCAUCUUGCCUCUCUUACCCUCCACAGUGGUUAUGAGCAUCAAUAGUCUCACUCUUGGGAGGACCCCUGGUCAGUGAGAUAGGAACCCAGACAUUUUAGCAAGCACUUUGCCACUUCUUUUCACUCUGGAUUUGUUUUUGCAAUGGGGGAAUGCAGGAUACUAUAAGGGGGUUCAACUAAUCUAUAUCUUCCCUCCUAAAGAGAGAUCCGAUGGUGUCAACACAUAUGGGACCCGGAUUUUGAGGUGGGGUGAGAGUAAAUUCCUGGAGUCCCUUGGCAUGUCAUUGGGAUUCACUUCAAUGUGAAAUUACUUAUCCCACAGUUCAGGAAGAAAUGCCACAAAGUAGUAGUUGCUGCAGUUCCGGAUUUCCCUCCAAGAUAAUAUGUGAAAAAGCCUAAUGGAUUUUGCCUGCCUUAGAGUGCUGGGCUAAAAGGGGAAUGUUCACUGAAGCAAUGAAAAUGAUUUAAUUACAGAUUACAGAUUAACAGAGUUGGAAGGGACCUUGUAGGUCAUGUAGUCCAACCCCCCCCAAACAGGAAACCUUUCUGACAAAUUGCAGUCCAUUUUUUUCUGAAAAGUUUCAAGUGAUGAAGCUCCCACAACUUCCAAAGGCAAGCUGUUCCAUUGGUUGAUUAUUCUCACUGUCAGAAAAUUUCUCCUUAUUUCCAGGUUGAAUCUCUCCUUGUUCAGUUUCCAUCCAUUAUUCCUUGUCUAGCUUUCAAGUGCCUUGGAAAAUAGUUUGACCCCUUCCUCUCUGUGACAGCCCCUCAAAUAUUGGAAGACUGCUAUCCUGUCUUCCCUGGUCCUUCUCUUCACUAGACUAGCCAUGCCCAGUUCUUGCAACUGUUCUUCAUAUGUUUUAGUUUCCAGUCCCCUAAUCAUCCUGGUGGUUGUUCUCUGCACUUUUUCUAGAGUCUCAAACAUCUUUUUUAUAGUGUGGUGACCAAAACUGGAUGCAAUACUCAAGGUGUGGUCUUACUAAGGCUUUAUAGAGUGGUAUUAGUACCUCACUUGUUCUUGAUUGUACCCCUCUGUUAAUGCAGUUUAGGAUUGCAUUGGCUUUUUUGGCUGCUGCUGCACACUUCUGGUUCAUAUUUAGCUGGUUGUCCACUAAGACUCCAAGAUCCCUCUCACAUUUACUGCUAUUAAGCUCGGUUUCACCCAGUCUAUAUGUGUUCUUAAAUAUUUAAAACUGUUUCACUCAUGGCCUGCUGGAUGUGGGAUGGAGGCAAGCUAUUGCCAGGACAGAUUGGUUCUGGGAUUAGGCCAUGUGAAGAACUAGCCCUAUGCUUGAGAUGCAUUGGAGGGUAGAAUGGUAAUGCUUGGCAGUUGGUUGCCAAGCAACAUAUUCCUAUGUGAUGGCAACUGGCCUAGUAGAAGGUAUAUUUGAUUGGCUGGCUUGGUCACUAACGGAUGUCCUGAUGAAUCUGUCCCUGAGUGGCAGGUACCAGGUAAAGGCCUCAGUUUCACGACACACACACAAACAUGCAAGUUGGCCAUACGAAAAUAUAAGAAAUGUUUGACCAAUUCUUCCAGACUGCAUUUGUAACAUGUUUGUAUGCAUUAGAUCACAUGCACAGAAAUGUUGGGGUGUCCUCUAAUGUAGUGGUUCAAUAUUUCUAAAUGCUUGAAUAGCUUGAUCUUUUC